AUGUCCGACUCGCCCGAAGUCAACGCCCCGGAGGGCCGCAAGCAAUCCGUGGGCAUCCACACUACCCAAGACGUUGAGCACAUCGAGGCUCCCAUCACCUGGCAGGCGUACAUGAUCUGUGCCUUUGCCUCCUUUGGUGGUAUCUUCUUCGGUUAUGACUCCGGUUACAUCAACGGUGUCAACGGCUCUCCCAUCUUCUACAAGGCCGUCGAGGGCGCCCUCGCCACCAAGCUCACCGACAGCCACACCUCCCUGAUUACCUCUAUCCUGUCCUGCGGUACCUUCUUCGGUGCCCUGAUUGCCGGUGAUGUUUCCGACUGGAUCGGCCGAAAGUGGACCGUCAUCAUGGGCUGUGUCAUCUACAUGAUCGGUGUCAUUAUCCAGAUGGUUACCUCUCCCGAGCACGCUCUUGGCCCCAUUGUUGCCGGUCGUCUGAUUGCCGGUCUCGGUGUCGGUUUCGAGUCUGCCAUUGUCAUUCUGUACAUGUCUGAGAUUUGCCCUCGCAAGGUCCGUGGUGCUCUCGUUGCUGGUUACCAGUUCUGCAUUACCAUCGGUAUCCUGCUCGCCUCUUGCAUUGUCUACGGCACUAAGGACUACAACAACACUGGCGCCUACCGUGUCCCCAUCGCCAUUCAGUUCCCCUGGGCUCUGAUUCUCGGUGGUGGUCUGCUCUUCCUCCCCGACUCCCCCCGUUACUUCGUCAAGAAGGGUGAGAUCCAGAAGGCUAUCAACUCCCUGUCCCGUGUCCGAGGCCAGCCUGAGGACUCCGAGUAUGUCCAGAACGAGCUUGCUGAGAUUAUCGCCAACGAGGAGUACGAGCGUGCCCUGAUCCCCUCCACCACCUGGUUCGGCUCUUGGGCCAACUGCUUCAAGGGUUCUCUCUGGACCGGCAAGUCUAACCUGCGACGAACCAUCCUCGGUACCUCUCUCCAGAUGAUGCAGCAGUGGACUGGUGUCAACUUCAUCUUCUACUACUCCACUCCCUUCCUCCAGUCUACCGGCGCCAUCAGCAACUCCUUCUUGAUCUCCCUGAUCUUCUCCCUGGUCAACGUCUGCUCCACUCCCCUGUCUUUCUGGACCGUUGAGCGAUUUGGUCGUCGUACUAUCCUCAUUCUUGGUGCUCUUGGUAUGCUUAUCUGCCAGUUCCUGGUCGCCAUCAUUGGUGUUACUAUUGGUUUCAACAAGACCCACCCCGAUCCCAGCGACCCCAGCCAGAACCUUGCCGACAACAUUCCUGCCGUCAACGCUCAGAUUGCUUUCAUCGCCAUCUUCAUCUUCUUCUUCGCCUCCACCUGGGGUCCCGGUGCCUGGAUUGUCAUUGGUGAGAUCUUCCCUCUGCCUAUCCGAUCUCGUGGUGUUGCUCUGUCCACUGCUUCCAACUGGCUGUGGAACACCAUCAUCGCCGUCAUCACCCCCUACAUGGUCGGUACCGAUAAGGGCAACCUGAAGUCCUCCGUCUUCUUCAUCUGGGGAGGUCUCUGCACUUGCGCUUUCGUCUACUCCUACUUCCUGAUCCCCGAGACCAAGGGUCUGUCCCUCGAGCAGGUCGACAAGAUGAUGGAGGAGACCACCCCCCGAACCUCUGCCGGCUGGAAGCCCACUACCACCUUUGCCGCUCAGAUGGGCACUGGUGACUACCUGGAGAAGGCUACCGUUGAGGUAUAA